CAGCCGCCUUGUUUUCCCUCGGCCGGCGGACUUGGAACAAGGUGGGACGAAGCUCGCCCACCGCUCAAGACGCACGAACAACCCGCUAGAUCCAACCUCCUCAGAGUGCCUAUGUGUAAGGGUGCCACGGGAGUCACCAAGAAGAAAUUGCCGCCCGUGCCGCGAGAGGUCGCCCGAAAGUACGCGGUACAGCGUCGAGGCGAGGGUAAAUACCAAGAGUUGCUCCCGCAAGAAGACUACGAGGAAGAGCCGGCGGGGAAGCACGAGCUGGAGCCGGCGGGGAACGCCGAGGCCCGAACGGCGGCGGAGAAAGAGCCGGCGGGCUCGCCACCGUCGAAGCCACCGUCUACGCCACCAUGGAACUGCAUUCUGCUCGCCAUCAGGGCACACGCAAAGAAGCCGCUCGCGCAGGAGCAAACCCCGACCGUGUCGACAGGGAUCAUCACUGCGGGGGCAUUCGACGACAGUGGCAACUCGCUCAUCCGCAAGGCUGAGGAGUGCGGCCAACUCGCCCAGCGCGUCACCAGCCCCGAGACGGCUCGACGGGUGAGCCGCGUGCAAGAGCGGGCCACCAAGGCCACCCAGCGGGCCGAGGCGAGGGUGGAGCGGCUUCUCGCGAGGGUGCAGGCGCGGGUGGAUGCGAUCAGCGGCUCGGAGCCGGUGUCGGAGAAGGACGACCCUCUUCUGCACCAUCCACUCCUCGCGAGCAGGCGAGACCGUGGCCAAGGCGAUCGACUCUGCCGUGCUGGUGGUCGACGGCAUGCCAUGCAAGGUCAAGGGAGCGCACGGCAUCUGAGUCGCCCCGCGGGCACCAGACGCCCAACCUGCUCAAGCUCAAGUGAACCGGAUCGGCCGCACACCGCGCUCCUUUACGCGCCCUCGCGCCCUGGCAAGGCUUCGACCGGGUGUCGGCCACGCCGCAGGCCCAGCGCAUCUGGCUCGGGGGGGGGGGGGGGGGUGCUCUGUGUGAGUAGUGCGUGUGGCCGUGUGCCGCUACGCGCGGGCGCCAGGCGUGACCCGGGAGUGAGUUCCCCUCUAUAAAUGUAUUCCGUGGAAUAUUUGUGGACGUGGAUUCGAA